AGGAGGAGAAAGAAAGAAAGAAAGAAAAGAAAAGAGAGAAGAAAGAGGACUUUCCCCCGGCUCUUAUCUGGAGGAAUGAAGCAGGCAGCGCUCAGCUCGGUCCGUUUUCUCUCUCUCUCUCUCUCUCUCCUCUGGUGGAAAACUCGCUUUGCUGCGUCUUUUUCUCGACUUGGAUGAAGUUGCGCACGGAAACAAAUGAUAUUUGAACCCGGAGAGGCGCCCAGAGAGAGAGAGAGAGAGAGAGAGAGAGGAGGUGGGUGUCCGAACACAAGUUCCCCUGCUUCUUCUUUUGUGCAGGGAUCUCGGGACAAAAAAAAUCUUGUAGUUUCCACAGCUUUGGUGUGAAUCCAGUUCCUAUGGGAUCUUAAAGGAACGAGACUUCUGCAAAAAAAAAAAAGUAAGUUUCUGACAACUCUGUCAAGUUAAAACAAACAAAUCAAGAAAAAACUGAGAAGAAUAGAGUUGAAAGGAUGGCGUUGAAGGCCAGAGUGCUGUAUGACUUCCACUCUGAGAACCAGGGGGAGAUCUCCAUAUCAGAGAACGAGCUGGUGACUCUGUUCAGUGAGGAGGAGCUGGAGGGCUGGCUGGAGGGGGAGAACAGCAGGGGGGAGGCUGGCCUCUUCCCUGCCUCCUAUGUGGAGAUCAUCAGGGACCACAUCACCUCCAGCGUCAACAACAACGGCUUUUCCUCGCCCAAGACCAAAGCCCAGACUCCCACCCACACCUCCUACACCUCCUCGGACUCCCAGUCCCAGAGGGGGUUCGGGGCGGGGAGCAGCGGCAGCGGGGGAGGCAGCUUCCACACCAGCCAGGGCAGCGACGACGACUGGGACGACGACUGGGACGACAGCUCGCCGGCGACCAACGCGCCCCAGGGCCUGGGCGGCGCCCCCGCCCUGUACCCGGUCACGACCUCACUGCCCGGGCGGGGUCACGCCCAGCAGCAGCAUCAGCAGCAGCAGCAGCAGGCCAAGAGCUCGGCCACGGUGGGGAGGAACCUCAACAGGUUCUCCACCUUCGUGAAGUCCGGCGGCGAAGCCUUCCUGCUCGGCUCGGCCUCGGCGUUCGUCAAGGACGGGGACCGGAUCUGCGUGGUGAUGGGGAAGCACGGGCCCGAGUGGCAGGAGGACCCCUACCCCUUCACCUGCACCAUCGACGACCCGACCAAGCAGACCAAGUUCAAGGGCAUGAAGAGCUACAUGUCCUACGGCCUGACCCCGACACACACCAGCGUGCAAGUCAAUCGCAGGUACAAGCACUUCGACUGGCUCUACGCUCGACUGGUGGAGCGUUUCCCGGUCAUCUCGGUUCCACACCUCCCCGAAAAGCAGGCCACGGGCCGUUUCGAGGAGGACUUCAUCUCCAAGAGGAGGAAGGGUCUGAUCUGGUGGAUGAACCACAUGAUCAGCCACCCCGUCCUGGCUCGCUGCGACGUCUUCCAGCAUUUCUUGACGUGUGGGGCGGACGAGAAGGCCUGGAAACAGGGCAAGAGGAAGGCGGAGAGGGAUGAGCUGGUUGGAGCCAAUUUCUUCCUCACGAUUAGCACGCCUGACGUCCCCCUGGACCUCCAGGAAGUCGAGAGCAAGAUCGAGGGCUUCAAGACGUUCACCAAGCGGAUGGACGAGAACAUUGUGGUGGUGAACACCACCAUCAACGAGUUCGCCCGCAAGCAGAUGGCGGGUUUCAAGAAGGAGUAUCAGAAGGUGGGGCAGUCCUUCAAGCUCCUGGGGCAGUCCUUCGAGCUGGAUCAGCAGGCGUACUCGGCCGGCCUCAACAAGGCCAUCGCGUACACCGGCGACGCCUACGAGGCCAUCGGGGAGUAUUUCGCCGAACAGCCGCGGCAGGACCUGGACCCCAUCUCCGACCUGCUGGACCUGUACAGGGGACACCUGGCCAACUUCCCCGACAUCAUUCACGUGCAGAAAGGUGCGCUGACCAAGGUGAAGGACUGUCCCAAGCAGGAGAGCGACCUCCACAACCGCUGCAACAUCAUCUCUUGCGCCACACUGGCAGAAAUCCAGCACUUCCACCGCACGCGCGUACGGGACUUCCGCUCGCAGAUGCAGCACCACCUCCGCCAGCAGAUCGGCUUCUUCCAGAAGAUCACCGCCAAGCUAGAGGACGCUCUGCAGAGAUACGACGACGACCAGUAGGACGAGGACGAGGGAGGAAACUCUCACUGUGUCAUCAGACCGGGGCGAUGGAGAAUCCUGUUUUGUCUUUAAGGAAAAAAAAAAGAGAAAACUGAAGAUUUUCAAUGCGAUGGCUUCUGCGUCCGUGCUGGAAGAAACACACUACUCUUUAAAAAAAGAUAUAGCCUACAUGAUCACUCCUGGAACGAGCAGGUCGGCUCUGAUGAAUGUACCAGCCACAGGGAUUUCUGCUGCCGACUCGCCAGCCGCUCAGCAGGACGGCGGCAGACAUCUAGAACGGCUGUUCUCAGUGAGAUGGGGUGAGGGUGGGGGGCUCGGGGGUCAUGCGACCGCCUCACCACUUCAAGGAAGCCCUCCAUCAGGAAACCAUGUUCAACCAAUAGAAACUCACAAAAUCAUUCCAACUGGAUGGUUCAACAAUUGAAAGACAACAUAAAUGUUUCACCAUUUUUUUUGUUUUUUCAUGAUCUAAAUACAUUUGUUUUUACUUGAAUGACCUACUCAGUAUUUGGUUUUUAUGGAAACAUAUGCAAGGUUGGGACUUCUGGGAAUCUGCCUUAAUAUCUGUCCAGCUGGAUUAUCACUUACAGUUUGGGAUUGGAUCUACUUCAGAUGUCUUGCCUCUUUUACACGUCAGUGAAAUAUCCAGUGUGUUUUAAUUCCAAGCUGUUCAUCUUUUUGAGAUGUUUUUUUUUUCUCUCUCUCAUUUGGGAAGCAGUUUCCCAGCUGUCUUUUCAUUCGGAUGUUUGAGUAAAACCUGGCGUUGACUUUUGACUUUUGGCUCAUUCCAGGAGAGCUUAGACGUCAGAUUGAUUGCUUCAACAUGAUGGAUUAUGUGAACUUCUUGUGCGAUUGCAAAAGCGGUGAGGAAAAUCCUCAGUUGCAAUGUCUGUGUUUUUCCAUUUUUUGAUACUAUCUUUAGGGUCCGAUAUGACCAAAAUCUACAUGGAGCUGCUCGAAAUGUUGCAUUUGGCGGUUUGGAAACCCUCCUCUGGAGUAAGCCGAGCGCUCACAGCUCUGUUUGCUCUGAUCGGUCGCAGGAUUUUGUUGCUGAACCUCUUGAGCUUGGCAUCCUGGAGAGACAUCCUCUAUUGAUUUAUUGAGCCCGAGUCACAGAGAUGCUCCUGAAAUCCAAGCAGCCAGUGUUUAUCAAGCACCGCUGCCAGAGGGAAAGUUAAAAUCUGGUAAAAAUAGCCAGUAUCUUCCUACAUUUCUGAAGGGAAGAAGCAGCCAUAGAUGAUUGCGAUCUCCACUUCAGUCCAAUAUUGGGACUCUUGCCGUCAGUUUUUUACUCAGAUAAAGUAGUUCUGGUAAAGAUUGUAUUUUGGGUUUGACUUUGAUUAUGUUUCCUGGGAUUUCACAAGUUUUCAAACAAGAAAAACUACCAUUUUGUUGUAAAAUCUGUUGUCAAUGCUUUUAAAGAUCCAAAAUUUCCUAUUCUGACUUAAAUAACCAAUAUGAGGACUGUGAGGAAGACAUUUUUGUAUUGUGUUGUUGAGAAAUCUUCUCACGCUCUCAUGCUAAGCCUCAGUGUUGUAAUACUCCUUUGCAUCACAUAUCGUGAGUCACUUAAGUGGUUUGUUUCCGUCUCCUGUGAACACGAGAGGAAAACAACCAUGAAAAGUGCCAGAAAGUGUCAUGAGCUGCAUAAGUCUGACAGAUUGUACCUUUAAUGUAAUCCAACUGGAAAGAAUGUAAGCAAAUAAUCAAAACUCUACAUUUCAUUAGUCAUGAAUCUGCAUUGUUAACUUUGGCUGUUUUCCCAGAAUAUAAUUUAUAGUUUCACUUGA